CAGAUCCCUGAAAUAUGCAAUGCUUCAAACCUACUCUCCCUCAUAAACGAAGCAGAAGUGAAAGUCCAGAACGAACUUUUGUUGGAUGAACAGAAGCGAAUCGAUGUAACCUUGUCGACUUGCAAACAGCUUACUUGUACGCUCUUUACUCUCAAAAGGCUUGCGGCUGUUCAGGAAAAUGGCAUCAGUGUUAAUAUUCCAACAUUUCGAACAAUUCGAGAUCCACGACCCGAAGAUAAGAAGCUAUACCUUCAGCAAAUUACCAAAAUCGUUCCCAACCACGAGGCCAGAAUGGCUGGUUUGGCGUACGUGAAGGGCAAGUGCAGCUCCUUGCUGGCAUCAAAGCUGACAAUGCCAAAGUACACUUCCACAUCGCGUUGCGGAAACAAGGAUAGCGAUGUGAAUUGGCAACUGCGAUAA